ACGAUCCGGACCCUGACGAUGGCUUCAACUACAAGCAGAUGAUGGUGCGCGACGAGCGACGUUUCAAGAUGGCUGACAAGGAUGGGGACCUGGCGGCCACCAAGGAGGAGUUCACAGCCUUCCUGCACCCCGAGGAGUAUGACUACAUGAAGGACAUCGUCGUGCAGGAAACCAUGGAGGACAUUGACAAGAAUGGUGAUGGCUUCAUUGACCUGGAAGAGUACAUUGGCGACAUGUACAGCCAGGACGGCGACGCUGACGAGCCCGAGUGGGUGAAGACGGAGCGGGAGCAGUUUGUGGAAUUCCGGGACAAGAACCGCGACGGGAAGAUGGACAAGGAGGAGACCAAGGACUGGAUCCUGCCCUCGGACUAUGACCACGCCGAGGCUGAGGCUCGGCACCUGGUUUACGAAUCGGACCAGGACAAGGACGGGAAGCUGACGCGGGAGGAGAUCGUGGACAAGUCGGACCUGUUCGUGG